UUCUUAGUUGAUCCAGAAAGUGUCUUGUGUCUGCAUAUCAAGUAGAUCUAGUGAGAUUUAUAGAGCCAGUAACAAAUGUGGAAACUCAAUUGGUUUCAUCCUGUGCACAUGAGCAGAAAGUGGAAGAGCUUCAGAGAUCUGUUUGCAGUUGAGGCAGUAACAUGAGUAACGGAAGCUGCAUCAGUGCGUUGUAGCUGUUUGGGAUGACCGGAGCUGGACCUUUCAGAGGGGAAAGCGAAAAAGAAAAUAGUGUUGAGAGGAGGGACAACAUCUGCUCAGAGAGGAUAAGAUCAGCAGAACAUCUGGAUCUGAACAGGGAAUCGACUAAACCUUUGUCUUUGUAAGGAAAGGAAUCUAAUCUCCACAGAAGCAGAGCUCACCGCUGUCGCCUUAAAGAGCUUCAAGAAUUUUCAUUUACUUUUUUUUAUCAGUGCUUUCUACCUUCUCAGAGCUAGCGCCAUGUGCCAUGUCAUUGUAACAUGCCGCUCCAUGCUCUGGACCCUGCUCAGUAUUGUAGUGGCCUUUGCCGAGCUAAUCGCCUUCAUGAGCCCUGAUUGGCUGCUGGGAUUCCCUCGGUCGGACUCCAGCGUGAGCGGGGCAGGAGUUGACUCCGGAGAGUACCGGCCAUCCCUCGGCCUCUACAGCCGCUGCCUCCGUGUCGGGAGCCGGGGGGUCGGGGUGAGCUGUGGGCCUUACGCUGGGACCUUUGGAGAAGUGGCCAGUGGCUUCUGGCAGGCGGCCAUGUUGUUUCUGGCAGCAGGGACGCUGGUGUUGGGCUGUGUGGCCUGCAUCUCUGUCUUCAGCCUGUGUUUUCAGAGCAUCCUGAGGAAGAGCAUAUUUAACAUCUGCGGACUGCUCCAGGCUAUCGCAGGCCUGCUGCUGAUGGUGGGCCUCAUGCUGUACCCUGCUGGCUGGGGUUCAGAGAAGGUGAUCGGCUACUGCGGCCUCGAGGCCUCGCCCUUCAGGCCGGCUCUCUGCUCACUGGGCUGGGCGUUCUACGCUGCCAUCGGAGGGACGCUGGCGACCUUCCUGUGUGCGGUUUUGUCCGCACAGGCUGAAAUCGCCACCUCCAGCGAUAAGGUUCAGGAGGAGAUCGAGGAGGGUAAGAGUCUCAUCUGCCUUCUCUGAGCCUCUUGAAACAUCUGGAAACUGCAAAAAAAAUCCCUCCUGGUGUCAUUUCCCUGAUGUGGACAUCUGUACAUCUCAGUGGAGGGAGGAUGGACAUUUCUCUGUGGGGUUUGUUCAUGGAUGAAAUCAGGUUGUUGUAAAGAUAGAAGCUCUGGUAACCUAACUGAAAAUAUCAAGGCAAAGAAGAAAGAAAAAGCCUUUAUCCAUUCUCCAGCUUCAGGUUAAACUCUUCUGGUACAACAGUGGACAAAAGAACAUUCUACUUGUACAUAUAUACGGUGUUUUUGAACAAGAUAUUGUUUAUUUUUCUACUACUUCUUCACUUAAACAAACCACUGAGCAGGAAUAGCAGGAGAUUAAUUACAAGAAUGAUGGACAGGUUCAACACUGCCCGACACAGCUCACCUGCAAACCUCUGACCACCAGCAGAUUUGUCUCCUAAAACAGAUUUCAUAUGCUCUGUGUGGUUUCUAAACGUCCAUGUGCUCUGAAUCUAUGGCCCAGCAGUACAGUACGACUCUCCUGCUAACUGCAGAUGUGCCAAUGAAGGGAUUGUUCUCUUCAAAGGGAGUUUCCUCCCCUGGUUAAACAGAUUGUUUGUGGAUCCACUGCAGAAGAAUCACCAGAGGACUGUGUUGCAGAAAAAACAUGGAGACUCUCCAGAUGUUUCGCAGUGAGGGAUGUUUGCUCACAGUGAGGUGAAGCAGGUUGCACCGUAGUUUUAUCAUGAAAUCCCGAAUGACAUGCAGAGAACCAAAGAAAAGUGGGCUGAAUUAAAGAAAGUCUAGGUUAGAUGAAUAGCUGUUUAAAGUGAAGCCCCUUUCUCUUAGUUUGGUACUUCGCAUUCCCAAAUAGCACCUGGUAUUAUGUUUUGCACUUGGUCUUUGAUUCAUUUCACAUUGCCGCAUAUUUUGUUCAUUUGUUUUCAUUUUGUUUUUUUCAUCUGUGCUCUGUAUGUCACUGUAAGCGUUAUGACUCGUGUGAUGCUGUGCUUUCUUAUUCAGUGUAGAUGAGAUGUGCAAUAAUUCCAUUAUAGUGUUGUUUGCUGUGGACUGAGAGAAUGAGCGAAGUCAUGAUACGGAUUUGCAUCAAAGAGCUUCAGUAAAUUAAUAUGCUGAUUGUCUGCUAUUUUUGUUACAUUAACAAAAGAAUAACAGCAUCUGCGGCUGUACGAUGCUGCAUGUAUGAGAGGUUGAAAUGUGUGAGGAGAGAUAUUGUGUACUUUUUAAUAAAUCAGGCCUCAUGUAGUAAA